AUGCCGUUCGCGCAGCUCGUCCUCGGUAGCCCCGGGUGCGGCAAAAGCACCUAUUGCGAUGGCAUGCACCAGUUCAUGGGCGCCAUCGGCCGUGCCUGCUCCGUCGUCAACCUGGAUCCCGCCAACGACCACACCAACUACCCGUGCGCCCUCGACAUUCGGAGCCUGAUCAAGCUCGAGGACAUCAUGCGCCAGGACAGGCUCGGCCCCAACGGUGGGAUCUUGUAUGCGCUGGAGGAGCUGGAGCACAACUUCGAGUGGUUCGAGGAAGGCUUAAAGGAACUGGGGGAGGAUUACAUUCUCUUUGACUGCCCCGGCCAGGUUGAGCUCUACACCCAUCACAACUCGCUCAGGAAUAUCUUUUACAGACUCCAAAAGAUUGGUUUCAGGUUUGUCUGCGUCCAUCUCUCCGAUUCCAUCUGCGUCACGCAGCCGUCCCUGUACGUGUCCAACGUGCUCCUCUCCCUGCGCGCCAUGAUUCAGAUGGACAUGCCACACGUCAACGUCCUCUCCAAGAUCGACAAGGUAGCAUCAUAUGAUGAGCUGCCUUUCAAUCUCGAAUACUAUACCGACGUCGACGACCUCACCUAUCUAACGCCGUACCUCGAGGCUGAGUCGCCCGCUCUGCGGAGCGAAAAGUUUGGCAGGCUCAACGAGGCUAUUGCCAAUAUGAUUGAGAGCUACGGGCUCGUCCGGUAUGAAGUGCUUGCCGUAGAAAACAAGAAGAGCAUGAUGCACCUGCUGCGUGUCAUCGAUCGCGCGGGCGGGUACGUCUUUGGAGGCGCCGAGGGCGCCAACGACACGAUUUGGGCCGUGGCAAUGCGUAACGAGGCCUCCAUGAUGGAUGUCCAGGACAUCCAAGAGCGGUGGAUCGAUCAAAAAGAGGAAUAUGACCGGCUUGAGCGCGAGGCCGACGAGGAACAGGCCAGGAUAGCGCAGGAGCAGGCCAUGGAGCUGGAGCAGUCGCAGCCGACAGCUGCCGCGCCGGCCUCCCAAGAGAUGGGGAUGGACAUGGAGACGGACCCGGAUUUUGGGGACAUGUAA